UCUUAUUGAAAGCGUUCAGUGGAGUAAACAAGUAGACUACACGCCCCUGGCCCAGUCUACUUAAAAGUAUCAGGAUGAAUGUAGAUGAGGAUAAAACCAAUCUUUAUGAAGUCAAUGAGCUAACUGAGUACAAUGGAAGUGGAUUCUCAAACCUUCCUGAGUAUACUCAAAAGGAGAGAAAUGAUUCUAACAAAUGGAAAUUGCUCCUCGUUUGCCUACUCGUUGCCAUUCUCUUCAUUAACAUCAUCAUAUUUCUCAUGACAGCUGUGAACCUGUAUUAUGCUAGUACUGCAGUACCUGCAGCCUGUCAGACUCAGAACAGCUCCACUGCUGCCUCCACUGGAUCUCUUACAAGCAGUGAGGGUCCUCUCAACAACUGCAGCAUUGUGAAUAGCACAUGGACAGACAACUUGAUGAGGUACAACAUGGCAAUGGAAAAUAACGUCAACCGCCUUAUUAAUGCAACACUCAGCAAUGCUCGAAAAAUCGACGAUAUUGCCAUGUCUACGGAUCAGCAAAGCUCUGUUGUUGAGAACAAUACGUACACUCUUGAUGAUAUCUUGAAUAUAACCAAUGAUGCAACAAGAAUGCUCACUGGGAUAAUCCAUUCAUUAGCGACUCACGACAGCACUCUGAUAUCUACUUCAGCAAUAACCGAUGACAUACAAAUAGUUUUGGAUAGGCUCCUUGAGUUGCAUAACAGCUCCAACAUAUUUAACAGCAUCCUCCCGAUUUCUUGCAGUGACAUACUGGCUGCCUAUCCUAGCAGCACUUCUGGCUAUUAUCACGUUAACAGUCGCCACAUUUACUGCAAUAUGGGAGAGCUGUGUGGCUCUAGUGGAGGGUGGACAAGGAUCGGAUUCCUUGAUAUGAAUGGUGCUACAAGUGAUUGUCCUCCCGGCUUUAGGCUUUAUCAAGUAGGAGCAGUCAGAGCUUGUGGAAGGCCAGUAGGUGGUCCAAGCUGUGUAUCAGAGAUACUCCCCACCAAUGGAAUAAAUUAUACUCAAAUUUGUGGUCGAGUUACUGGAUACCAGUGGGCUUCACCAGAUGCAGUUGACACUCGUUUUAGAAGUAACGCUAUUCACAAUGACAUCAAUUCAUAUUACGUUGAUGGCGUUAGCAUCACUAGAGGGUCUCCUAGGCAGCAUGUCUGGACAUUCAUGGCAGGUGUAAGGGAUUCCUCUUACGAUGCUGGAAAUUGUCCUUGUUCAACUCCACCAGGUGCAACUCAGGUAAUACAGUCAUUUGUUGGCAAUGAUUAUUUCUGUGAAUCUGGGAAUCAUGCUAACGGUUGGACAUAUACUUUGUAUACUUCAGAUCCUCUUUGGGAUGGUCAAGGAUGUGGUACGCAAGAAUUUGUGUGCUGUGCUGCUGCUGGUCUUCCUUGGUUUCACAGAGACUAUGGUAGUGCAUCAAGUAGUGAAAACCUUGAGCUAAGGUUGUGUGCUGAUGAAACAACUGCUUUUGAUGAUAUUCCUAUCAGCUAUUACGAGAUAUACGUCAAAUAAUAUGUAUAUUGACAAUGCUCCAAACUCCAAGCUAUUAAACUUUAUUGCAUUUUUUAUAGCUCAUGCAUAAUUACUAUAGCUAUUUAUUACCCUGAAAAUUAUAAAUCAUUUUUUUUAAUUUUUAAAGUUUUUAAUAGCUAAUCAAAAUGAAAGAGGAGUCAAUCAAUUAAUGAUUUGAAUAAUGCAUGCCGAAUGCUAGCGAAUAAUUAUAGGCCCUUGAAGACUUCGGCUGCUCAGCAAGUAAGGAACUGGUGAGCUUCAAGUACAGGAAGGCUAGACUAGUACAGUCUCUGCCAACCAGUGAUGCAGUUUGAGCAU